AUCAUCACCAUCAUCACCAGUGUCUCACCGGGGGGCCGCCACUGUGUGACAUUUCGAUACGCACAGCUGCAGUUGCGUCGUAUCGGCUGUAAAGUCCUGUGCAUGGACAGGACAUCACACAUCGCUAAAGAAGACAAACUAUGCUGCACGUUGAGACAGUCCCAGCGGUUUGACAUCUUACCGGGAAGAUCGCCUCCUUUUUUUUUUUUUAUGAUUAUUCUGUUUUUGUGUGCGCGUGUGUGUGAGAGCACACGCAGACGACGGAGAGCUACAGAUGCCAACCAGCGAGCCAGGAGGUGUGGCGCCGUGGCCAUGUCUUGUUGUUCGUUGCGGGACGUGGACGGGUCACUUUGCUUCUGAGGAUGUGAGGGGUAAAAAAAAAAGAAACCAGGAGUCCGUGCAACUUCAUACGUCACACGUGAUCACCACAGCAACUAAUUGUCGCCUUUAAGUAGCAGACUUUACCUUCGCGCUGGUGGAACUUGGGGAACGGUGCGCUCCAUGUUUCAUCUAGGACACACCGGUACCGAUGGUGCCGGCGGGACGUUGACAAAAUAAUAUCACUUCUAAUAAUAAUAAUAAUAACAACAAUAAAAGAUCACAACUCAGCGGGGACUUGAAGCGGGCGGCUUCGCGCUGUGGACCAAGGGAUGCCGGACACGUUGAUGGUCCUGAAGAACCGGACUGAGCCACGGCUGGGGCAGCUGGAGCACAGCCAGCCCGCGGAGGGGACCACACGCCCCGCCUGGGUCAUCGCUAUCCUGGCCAGUGUUUUGAUCUUCACCACGGUGGUUGAUGUGCUGGGGAACCUGCUGGUCAUCAUCUCCGUGUUCAGGAACCGCAAGUUGAGGAAUGCAGGUAAUGUGUUCGUGGUGAGUCUGGCUUUUGCUGACCUUGUGGUAGCCUUCUACCCCUAUCCCCUGGUCCUUUAUGCUCUCUUCCAUGAUGGCUGGGCACUUGGAAACACUCAAUGCAUGGUCAGCGGUUUCCUUAUGGGGCUCAGUGUCAUUGGCUCCAUCUUCAACAUCACAGGGAUUGCAGUGAACAGAUAUUGCUAUAUUUGUCACUCCUUCUCCUACAGCCGACUGUACAGCUACCGCAACACCUUGCUUUUUGUUGCCUUAAUUUGGGCGCUCACUGUCGUGGCCAUCGUCCCAAAUUUUUUUGUUGGUUCCCUCCGCUAUGACCCGCGGGUCUACUCCUGCACCUUUGCCCAGAAUGUCAGCAGCUCCUACACUGUGGCGGUGGUGGUGGUUCACUUUCUGGUUCCCAUCGCGGUAGUUACCUUUUGUUAUCUUCGCAUUUGGGUUCUUGUGAUUCAGGUGCGGCGAAAAGUGAAAACUGAAGACAGCCCUCGCCUCAGACCAAGUGACUUGCGGAAUUUUAUCACCAUGUUUGUAGUAUUUGUCCUGUUCGCCAUCUGCUGGGCCCCACUCAACCUGAUAGGUUUGGCAGUGGCAAUCGACCCAACUCGCGUGGGUCCCCUCAUCCCUGAGUGGCUUUUUGUUGUAAGCUACUUCAUGGCCUACUUCAAUAGCUGCCUGAAUGCCAUCAUCUACGGUUUACUCAACAGGAAUUUCAGGAACGAGUACAAACGCAUCGUCACCUCCGUCUGGGUGACCCGACUGUUUGUGACGGAGACGUCACGGGCCGCCACCGACGGCAGGAGCAUGAGGAGCAAGCAGUCACCGCCCCCGCCGCUCAACAACAACGAGUCAGUCAGAGAUCGUGUAAACAAAGAAUGAACCUUGGAUUCUUGAACGUGUCAUGUGGUAAUUCCUGUUGUUAUGUGACACCAAGGCAGUUGUGCAGCUAAAGAGUAACAAGUAACCAAUGAAACUGGAAAACAUGGCUUUGUUUCCCACUUUACAGCAGACAUGUGGACAAUCAUAAAACACAUGAAAGCUUCUGAAAGUGUGUAACGUCCAUUUAGAAUAAGCCCAAGGUCUUCUAAAUCGAUGAAAAUGUUUAUUCCUUCGUUUAAACGGAUUUUCAUCCACACAGCAUAAAGCCAAGCAUUGCAGUUUCAUUACGUUGUUAUUACUCUAACAAACUGAAUGGUACUUUGAGAUUACACUGAAAAUGUGAUAUCCUUUAACUUCUGCUGCUGUUGACAUGUUUCACAAAACUGGGUAAGCACCACUAGUAAACACGCGACUCUUUUUAGUAACUUCAAAAGCCUCAAAUAAUUAAACUCGCCUCACCUGGAAGCUGUAGAAGGAGCUUUUCGAGACUGAGAAGAUUUAAUGACAGACAGUCAAGUCUGCCAUUAUAUUAUCAGAGUUUUACAUGGUUGCAGUUACGUGGCCUAAAUGCUGCAGUCGUAUACGCAUACCUUAUACUGCCUAGUUUGAUCUUUUUUGCACUAAAAAGAACAGGAAAAACAGACUUAGUAAAAAUAACUUAGUAAAUCAAUCAGGAUAUCGACGUUUGACAUGAAUCAAGGUAAAAAAUAGUAUCAAGUCACCUCAUAGGUGCUAUUGAUUUAUUAUAUAUAUUUUUUAUCAUUUGUAUGUGAUGUGGCACGCGGAGGAAACCUUAUAGGUAGUAUUGUUGCUGUUCCAGCUUACAAACCCACACGUAUUACAUGUAUUGCAUUUGCAGAAUGCUAUAUCCGGUAGGUGGUAUAAUUUUGUUAAAACUGAUCUAUAUCAUAAUCUGGUUGAUCACCUUAAGUAAAUAAUUUUAUUGUAAUUAGUAAUAACCUAUGAUUUUAGGGAGUUAAUUAAGAAAGUAAUUAAUAUUAUAGCUGUUUGAACAAGGUUAAUUGUCCAUCAAUUAUGUUAAAGUAACUUUUAAAUACAUCUCAAUUAAGCAGACCUUAGCAAUGUUAAAAAGAGUAAUUAGUUAUGUAAAUAAAUAAGUUUAUCAAGCAUGGGCAGGUCAGUGAACUUUGAGGAGACGGUCGUUUGUAUUCAUCCCAUGUUAAAACGAUGCUAAACAGCAACACUGAAUGCCGCUGAGAACUCUAAUGAUUAUCUGUCUGAACUGCUACUUGACCAAAAACAAUGAGUAAGUCAUAAACAGUUCUACCAGUCAUAAAGCAAUUCCUGAUGAUUGUUUGAUGAUUGUGUGUAAGAACCUCAAUAGAGUAGGAAUCUCAGAAAUACUCAAGAGUCCAUCUAGUAUGGCACGUUUAAAGUCAAUUAAAUCCCCUUUUUUCCUGAGUCUGAUGCUCAGUUUAAAUUUUGGUUGUCCAAACCAUGUCUACCUUGCUAAAAGCAUUGAGUUGCUGCCAUGUGAUUGGCUGAGUCUCUAUCUGCAAAAAGUAAUUUAUUAAACAGAUGUAUCAGAUAAAUUAUGUGCCUCAGCUUUACCUUUCAGUCACAAAUGACGGGCUCUGGCUCAGGUAGCUCCUGCUUCUUUCACUAACAUUUGCUGUGAAUUAUCCUAUUGUGGAUGAGAGCCACUGUCAGGACUAUGACCUAAUUUUCCUUCAAUGUCUGUCUAAUUGAUUUAUAAUUUUAGUGUUUGUUUACCUUAUUUUUCGGAUUAUAAAUCACUGCGGAAUAUAAAGUGCAUCAGUCCAAAAAUGCAUCGUAAAGAGGAAAAAUAUAUAUAUUAGUCACACUGAACUAUAAAUCGUACCGAACAAUAUGCAUUUAUUUAGAUAUGCCCUCUCGAGGGAAGAGAUGAGAGAGGAGCAGUUAGAGCGUUGAGGCACAGAAACACAGCGCACGUAGUUAAAAAAAAAUGCAGAAUUAAUAAGAACGAAACUUAUAAA